GGGAAGCCGCGGCCGCAGGUCACGUGGUCCCGCGAGGGGCAGCCAUUGGGCAGCUCGGUGCACGUGCGCACGUCGCCGUUCGACGCCGUCUUCUUCAUCCGCGCGGCGGCGCGCGAGGACUCCGGCGCCUACCGGAUGCGCCUGCGCGUGGAGGCGCUCGAGGACGAGGCCGAGCUGCGCCUGCGCGUCGUGGACCUCCCGGGCCCCCCCCGCAACGUGCACGUGACCGAGGUGUGGGGCUUCAACGCGGCGCUGGAGUGGGAGCCCCCCGCGGACGACGGCAACGCCGAGGUCACCGGUUACACCGUGCAGAAGGCCGACACCAGGACCAUGGAGUGGUUCACGGUGUACGAGCACAACCGGCAGGCGCGGUGCACGGUGUCCGAGCUGGUGAUGGGCAAUGAGUACCUGUUCCGGGUGUACAGCGAGAACCAGUGCGGGCUGAGCGAGAGCGCGGCGCUGAGCACCAACAGCGCCCGCAUCGCCAAAGCUGGUCUGAACCUGAAGCCCCCCAAGUUCCAGGAGCACGACUUCCGCUCUGCCCCCCAGUUCCUCACCCCACUCGUGGACCGCAGCGCGGUGGCCGGGUACAGCACGGCCCUCAACUGCGCUGUGCGUGGGUACCCCAAGCCCAAGGUGGUGUGGCUCAAGAACCAGGUGGUGCUGGGCCCGGACCCCCGCUUCCUGGCGCGGCACUCGCAGGGGGUGCUCACGUUGCUCAUCCGCAAACCGGGGCCCUUCGAUGGCGGCGUCUACGGCUGCCGGGCGGUCAACGAGCUGGGGGAGGCCCUCACUGAGUGUCGGCUGGAGAUACGGGUGCCCCAGUGAGAGCAGCGGCUGGAUGAGAUGGUGAGGGGGGGUUAAUUAUGGGG